UUAGUAGCUUCGAUUCCAAUAUGGCACAAUUUCCCACAACCUACAAUAAGGAUAAUAAUACCUGGAGUGGUAUGCAACGUUCUUUGAUGUACAAUCAAGAUAUAUCUGUGGGCAGAAUCAUAUUCAAUAUAAUGAGAAACUGGCCCAAAAAUGUGUGCCAGAUAAAUGAUGAAGAUGGCGUAACUUUAACAAAUGGUGAGGCCAUAACUUGGGCCAUAAGAAUUGCACAACACUUGAAAAAGAAAGAACUUAAUAGCAAGGAUGUGAUUGGAAUAAUGUGUACACAUUCCACAUAUCUUAUGUCCUUGGGUAUCGCGUGUCUAAUGAACACUACAAAGUUUCAUGCUGUGAAUCCAAUUGCAGAUAAAGAUACUAUACAAUAUGCAUUUGGAAUAACCAAACCAAAGCUAAUCUUCUGUGAUGGACUCCACUAUGAAAAACUCCGUUCUGCAACUCAAGAAUGGAAUCCAGAGAUUAUUACAUUAACCGGGACAAUUAAGGAUGUUCCGAAUAUUGAAUCAUUGCUAGAACCUACAACGACAGAAAAGUUUUAUCAGCCUGAAUCUAUCGAGAAUGGAGAUCAAACCGUGGCGAUUCUUUGCUCCUCUGGCACAACAGGAUUACCAAAGGCCGUUUGCAUUUCAAAUAGUAGUCUUAUAAUGGUUGAUAUGUUGACUACUAGUGAAUCGAUUAUCUAUGUGCCCAGUUCAUUGGAUUGGAUUACAGGCGUUUGGGGUUUUCUUCUCAGCACAGUUGCCGGCUGCACACGCAUUAUAUCUAACAAGUCUUUUAACCCGGAGCAUUUUGUGAAUCUGGUUCAGAAUUACCAGAUCAACUAUGUUAUCUUGCCGCCCAGACAUUUGGCCGCCUUAAUCACUUGUCCUGUUGCUACCCCAGAGGCUCUUGCUUCUAUUCGAAUGCUCAGCUAUGGUGGCGGUUUAGUGAGCUUAACAACUCUUAAAAAAACUCAGGAGAUAUGCAAGAAUGCCGUCUUCAAUUCAGCUUAUGCAAUGACCGAAGUGGGAGCCAUAACGGGUAACGUUGGAAUUACAAACAAUACAGCAGCCGGAAGACUUUUGCCGGGUAUUCAAAUUCGAAUCGUAGAUGAGGAUGGCAAGAGACUUGGCCACGAUCAGGUUGGUGAGAUCUUCGUGCACAUUGGACAGACCUGGAACGGUUAUUAUGACAAUCCGAAGGAAACGGAGCGCAUGCAGGACUCUGAGGGUUGGUUCCACACUGGCGACUUGGGAUACUUUGAUGACAAGAACUUCCUCUACAUUGUGGAUCGCAAGAAGGAAGUCAUGAAGUACCAAGGUCUACACUACUCUCCCACAGAAAUAGAGAAUGUGAUUUUAAACCUACCAGAGGUGCAGGACGUGUGUGUGGUGGGCAUCUAUGAUGAAAGACAAGGAGAUGCUGCAGGUGCUUUGGUGGUGAAGCGAAAGGGAUGUGACAUAAGUGAAAAGGCGAUCAUUGAUCAUGUGGCCAAGAGGUUGAAUGGUCUGCAGAAGCAACUAAAUGCUGGAGUUCGCUUUACUGAUAAGCUGCCGACCAAUUUUAAUGGCAAGAUACCAAGAAAAGCAGCACGUGAUGAAUUUGUUUCCAAAAAUUAAAAACAGAUAUUGGCUAAUCGUAAUUUAAGAACUGCUAAAUUAGAUUAGGA